CCAGGUAUUUGGCGCGCCAACCCAGGGCUCGCGUGUGCACAGCCCCGCGAGCGAGGCUGAUAACCCGAGGCGACUCUCGUCCCUCUCCACAUCCCUUCACCUCCGCCAUCUCCAAUUCGCGGGGGCAGCCACACACCCUCACCACGCGCCUCUCAAGCCUGCCAUACUACUACACACAAUAGAUACCCGACAUAAUUAAUAUCAAUGGGCAAUCUCUGCGGCAAGCAGUCCAAAGACAACUUCGACGGCCAAGGGCGCACACUUGGUUCUGCGCCUGCGCCUGCUACGAAAGCAUCUGUGCCGAGCAAUGUCGCGCCACCGAAGCCCAAGGUGGGAGGACCGCCUAGGACGUUAGGGGAGGGCAAUAAUGGGGAUGAUCCAAAGGCAGCGGCUGCCGCAGCUGCAGAGGCCCGCGCAAACAAGUCCACCUCUGGCGACCUGCAGAAGAAGCUCGACGCGCAGAAGCGACAGACACAAAACCAGACCCUGCAACAAGCCGCGAACGAGAACCGCUUAGCACGCGAAGCAGACCAAGUGAACGAGACGAGGACCUACAACUGAAUGAAAUGAUGUCAUGGGUAUACUAUGCUGUAGAGGAUUGAGAGAUAUGUCACUGUUGUAUAUAGGUGCGCAUAUGGACGACGACUUUAGGAACUUUUAACAGGAGUGGUUUGGAGUUCUC